AGAUAUCCUAAGCUACUGCAUGGUCAAUGUCAGCGCCGACCAACAUGGUUUUUGUUUAUGUUGAGAUGAAUGUUUGGAUUUUUGCCGUUUAAAUGUCCUUUUCCAUUUAUAUGGAUGUACACAGUCAUCAUUAUGUGUGGCUGGAAGCAGCGUGACAUUUAAUCUGUGAGAAAACAAUCACGCUAAAUUUAUUUUAUUAACGAAACCUGUUUGUUCAGAAGCCGCUCAAACCCUUUGGCUGUGACAGUUACAUCAGCGUUUAGUAGCUACAGACUAUCUUACUAGCAUCUUGGGGUGUCUUAAAUGAAUAUCCCUGUACUAGAAGUUCUCACACAAAGCUUUCAGUUAGAACAUCUCUCCCUCAUUUUUCCUUUCCAUAAACGUACUCCCUCAUUCCCACGCACACAUGGAGAUUUACACAUCUCGUAAGCUGGCUCCAUCAACACCUCCUGUUCCUCCUUCUGUCCCAGCUGUCACUAAAGAUGGAGGGGGAGAAGGGAACAUUAGAGGCAGGUAUCAAAGAGCAACCUGAACCUGAUAUGACGGGUCCACUGACAGUCGAACAGCUGGCAGCUAUAGAGGAUGAAGAGAUCCUCAAUAAUAUGCUAGAUAAGGCUGUGGAUUUCGAGGAGAGGAAAAUGAUCCGGGCUGCCAUGAGAGAGCUGCUCAAGAGAAAGAGGGAACGGCGUGAUAGGGAGCGGGCGGCCCGGAUGGAGAACCUGCGUCAGCAGGGUAGCGGAGGCAAGACAGCUGCUGGACUGAAUAAGGACCAGAAAGCCACUAAUAACCCGAGCGGCGCUCAGUUCAACGCACACAAGACGGCUCAGGCAAAAACAUUUUCAACACCAACCUCCACAAAAACUGUGAGCAGCCCUGCUCAAUCCCAUGUGGCCAGGGAUAAAAAAGUGUCGGGCGGCUCGGCAGUCGGGGGGCCAAACACUAAAGAUGUCAAACAGAUGCUGCUGGACUGGUGUCGUGUCAAGACUGAACCGUAUGAGGGUGUGAAAAUCCAAAAUUUCUCCUCUAGCUGGGCAGACGGUCUGGCGUUUUGUGCCCUGGUGCACAGGUUUUUCCCGGAGGGCUUUGAAUAUUGCACUCUCGACCCCUACGAUCGCAGGGCCAACUUUGAGAAGGCGUUCAAGACUGCAGAGAGACUAGCCGACUGUCCUCCCCUGCUGGACGUUGACGACUUGAUGCGGAUGCGAGAGCCCGACUGGAAGUGUGUGUACACGUAUAUCCAGGAGUUCUACCGCUGCCUAGUAGAGAAAGGCCUCGUCAAGACUAAAAAGAAGAUGCCAUAGAAACUUUUUUGAGCGUUUUCACUGUAAAUGACCAAAGGGCCACAACAGGCACACAACAUAGCGCACAUGUGACCUAACCUGCAGCUUUUACCUAAGAUCAGACAGAUAGUCUAUUAUGUACUCAUGCUCUUCUCUAUUUCAUAAAAGCACAUGCAGUGGACGAGGAUUAUAACCUGCGUGUUUGGCACUAGGGUGCAGCUGGGGCUCUGAAACAGCGCAUUCCAGUGAGAUUACACAUGCAUUAAUCUCAGUCUAUGCUUAGAGAUUGUGUGAAAGUGUGUGUGUGUGAGUGUGUGUGUAUACGCAGAAGGCUUUUUAUGGUACUGCUACUCCCGGUUUUGAACGCACUCCAGCACAGAGACAUCAGGCUUAUAAGGGCAUGAGAUCUAAUGCACAAUUAUUCUUAACUCAGAUAAAUCGUUUGUUUAAAAAUAUAGACAGGGAACUUUUGCUAUUAUAUAAACGAGUUCAGAAAGGACAACAGAGUCCAAAGCCUCAGAACUGUCUCUUUUGUCUCCUUCAGAAUAGAAGUGUCACCUGAUUUUGCUUAUAGGGUGAAAUAUGACAGCUUGAAUGGUUUUCAUUUUCUCUCAACUUGUUCAGGAUCAAAAGUGCAUCAUACUGAGCAUUUGCUUGGUACUAGAAAAUGACCCUAGAACUGCACUAAGAGGGAUUAGGUCCAAUAAAACCUCUCACUCAGGGAUAGACAGGCACUCAAGGCCUGUAACAUGCAUGUAAGUCUUGUUUCAGAAGGCAAAUGGUAAUUUUGAAGUGCUUUUAAAAUGUCCUCAACACUUUAUUUGCUGCAUGGCUAAUGACUUAAGUGCACCAUAAAAAUAUGACAUUCUAAUAUAAUAAAACAUUAUUUAAGUAGGCUAUUAUUAGUAUCUUAAGUCAUACAAGUACAGUUGCUGUCAAUCUGUAUCACUGUUCUGGUUUGAUUAAAUUAUGGGUGUUAUUUUCCUCCCACAGUGCAUCACCAACUGUUUGCCAAGGAUUAUUAAAUGUGAUAUUCUUCCCCGUG